AUGUCGAUGAAGAAGGUUGUAGUCGAGCAGUGCAAGGGCAUCAAUGACCUCGACAAGAUCGUCUUGAGAGUGGCCUGUGGUUUCUUUGCCCAGGUGUAUUUGUAUGGGGGUCAAGUGACUUCUUGGAAGAAUGACCAUGGGGAAGAGCUGCUUUUCAUGAGUAGUAAUGCUAUUUUCGAGCCUCCAAAAAACAUACGUGGAGGGAUUUCAAUAUGCUUUCCUCAAUUCUCUAGUGAUGGAUCUCUUGAACAACAAGGGUUUGUAAGGAACAAGAUUUGGAGUAUUGACACCGAUCCACCACCUUUCCCGACAAAUAAUUCCAAUAAGGCUUUUGUUGAUUUAAUUCUAAAGCAAUCUGAAGAAGAUAUGAAAACCUGGCCUCACUUUUAUGAGUUUCGUCUAAGGGUAAAUCUCAGUCCCAGUGGAGAUCUGAUAUUGACAUCCCGCAUCCGAAAUACCAACAGUAAUGGAAAGCCGUUUUCUUUCAACUUCGCAUAUCAUACUCAUUUCUCUGUUUCUGAUAACAGUUAUGUGCGGGUAGAAGGACUGGAGACUCUUUAUUAUCUAGACAAUCUAAAGGACAAGGAACUAUUCACCGACCAAGGAGAUGCAAUAACGUUUGAAUCGGAAGUUGACAAGAUAUAUGUCAGCACACCAACCAAAAUUGCAAUUCUGGAUCAUGAGAAGAAGCAAACAUUUAUUUUGAGGAAAGAAGGACUUCCGGAUGCUGUCGUAUGGAAUCCUUGGGACAGGAAAGCGAAGUCCAUACCGGAUUUGGGUAAUGAUGAUUACAAUCAUAUGGUGUGUGUGGACGCUGCAGCUGUUGAGAAGCCUAUCACUUUGAAACCUGGCCAUGAAUGGAAAGGAACACAAGUACUGUGUCUUGUUCCUUCCAGUUACUGUAGUGAUUAA